UUUUACGCAUCGCAUCCCCAAGGGCAGUAGACCACUCCGUCCACUCGCAUAGCCUUUUCGCCGGACGGAGGAAACCGCCUAUCCUCCACUCCGCCACUCUCCCUGCACAGCUUCGUUCCUUUGACUGCUGACCUGCUUCUCCAGACGACCAGACGACCAGACUCUAGUUCUCUCGAGGGCGAAUUAAAAUCGCGAAGCAGAGUCUGCGACCAGCAACGGCGACCAGUCAGCAACCAUUGACGGCGACAUAGACCAGCUAUAGCAACGGUGACCAUCGUACCGAGGUCGCGACCCUGACGCGUGCGGCACGCUACUGUACCGCGAUCGGGAACGCGGAUUGUGGCAUGCCUAGCGAUUUCUGUAACUAUGGUCGGGUUCAGCCGGCCAGCUCACAUGAGGACUACAUGCGUUCCGUAACUUCCCCUCACCAAAAGCCAUUAAAUGAGAAGAAUUGCCAUUAACUUCAGAUGUCGGUGCAGAGCAUUUGAAUUCUUCAACUUCAAAUACUUGCUGCAUUUCUUCUGCUCCACUUUCACAACCCUCAACUAUUUGAAAAGAAAUCAUAUCCAAUUUCUCACUCUAAGAUAUAUUCAUACUAGACUCAGCAAGCUUUAAUUUGGGAGCUCGGAUGAUUCCUUUUGAGUUGCUCGACUCUCAUCCAAAUAGAGGUGUGGAGGAAGCUAGAACAUCCUUUCCUGCCAGUAAUCCGAGGCUAAUUCAUUUCGAUGAUCUAUACUCAUUGACUAGAGGUGGUGUUGUGAGUAUAGAGAAGGAGGACCAUUCAGCUGAUUCGUGUAGAGGAAGGAAGCAUUACCGUCCAGGUGAAAGUGGGUUAGAAGAAGAGGGAAGGAGCAGCAAGCAGAGUGCAGCUCAUAAGGAGGAGGAUGACUUAUCAGAAGUGUUUGAUAAGGUUUUGUUGUGCACCGAUGAUAAUGAUGAUUCUCCAUCUGGAGCAGGGAAACAACAACAGAUACGGCGAAGUGUUCGCAAGAGCCGUUCAAAUAAACGAGGAGUCGGUUGUGAAAUUUAGGGGUGGGCAAAAAUACCGAACCGGCAUGGUACCGAACCGAACCGAUAUAGUACCGGACCAUAAAACGGGGUUUGAAACGGAUCUCAAUUUUUUUGUCCCGAACCGAACCGUACCGAUUCUAAACAAUGCCAUGACCGGUUCUCAUAAAAUGAGAACCGAAACCGGACCGAACUGGACCGAAGUAUGAUUUAAUUAUUUAAAUUUACAUUUAUACCAUUAUUUUGACUAGUGCCUUUAUAUUUUCACCGUCUUUGCUAGUUCAUAGGAAGCCUGAAAUCGGACCGAUGUAUGGUUUAAUCAUUUAAAUUUGUACUACUAUAAUUUAUCUGAAAUUUAUUAAUUAUGUAAUAC